AUGUCGCGUUCUUCUUUGAUUCUUAUAUGGUUGUCUCUGUUUCGAAUUUCCGUCCAAGCAUUUCUGGUUUAUUCUUUCCGUUUCUUUCACUUCAAAUUUUUCUUUUUCUUUUUUCUCUCAUUUUCUUUUUGUUUAAUAUUUCGUGUUUCUUUUUUCCUUCUUCGAACUUUUCUCUUCUGUUUCUUUAACGUUUCAGUUUCUUUAUUUUUCUUUCUUUCUUUCUUCUUGUUUUGGCAUUCUUCUUGUUUCUGUUUUCUUUUACUUUUGCUUCAAACUUUUCUCUUCUUUUUAAUGUUUCAGUUUUUCUUUCUUUCCUUCUCUUUUCUUUUUCUUGAGUAUUUAUUUCUGCAUUUUUCCUUUUCUUUUUCCUUUAACGUUUUUCUUUCUUUCUUUCUUUUUAUUAUUCUUUCUUUCUUUCUUUCUUUCUUUCUUUCUUUCUUUCUUUCUUUCGCCUUUAUUUCUGCUUUUAUUUAUUUUCCCUUCCAACAUUUCUUUUCCUUUAACGUCUCAGUUUCUUUCUUUUUCUUUUUACUUAAUAUUUCUUUUUCUUUCUUUCUUUCUUUCUUCUUUUUAUUUAACGUCUCUGUUUCUUUCUUUCUUUCUUUCUUCUUUUUAUUUAACGUCUCUGUUUCUUUCUUUCUUUCUUUCUUCUUUUUAUUUAACGUCUCUGUUUCUUUCUUUCUUUCUUCUUUUUAUUUAACGUCUCUGUUUCUUUCUUUCUUCUUUUUAUUUAACGUCUCUGUUUCUUUCUUUCUUUCUUCUUUUUAUUUAACGUCUCUGUUUCUUUUUAACGUCUCUGUUUCUUUCUUUUUUUAUUUAACUUCUUUUUUUUCUUCUUUUUUAUUUAACGUCUCUGUUUCUUUCUUUCUUUUUUAUUUAACGUUUUUCUUUCUUUCUUUUUCUUUUUAUUUAACGUCUCUGUUUCUUUUCUUUUUUCGUCUCUUUUUUUUCUUUUCUUUCUUUCUUUUUAUUUAA